UUGUUGUUGUUGUUAUUAUUAUUAUUAUUAUUAUUAUUAUUAUUAUUAUUAUUAUUAUUAUUAUUAUUAUUAUUAUUCCACGGUGUUAAAGGGACUUCCCCACCGCACUUCCUGUAAGAAUAAUGCUACCGUCUUCCGUGCAUGUUUAAAGGUGGGGACGGGGAUGGGGGUUGGUUUUGGUAGAGAGAGAGAGAGAGAGAGAGAGAGAGAGAGAGAGAGAGAGAGAGAGAGAGAGAGAGAGAGAGAGAGAGAGAGAGAGAUAGAUACCUGGGAAUCCCCUUCAGUGUCCGUUUUGUUCCUAGAGCGAGGAGUGCGUUGACUGUUAUCGUUAUUGACUGCUGUUGUUGUUGUUGUUGUUGUUGUUGUUGUUGUUAUUUAUUGUAAUCAUCAUCAUUAUCAUCAUCGGUGUCGCUGUCAUAUUCGACACUUCAGAUUUACACAAAUAACACCAGAUACCCCCAUCUUUCCUUCCUCUCCUCACCUCCCUCAGAGGAAAGGUCGUAUUUCCAGUGUCCGUCUCCCACCCUAUCCCUCCACGUGUGCUCUUCACGGGUGCCAGGCAGCGUCGUCACCCGUGUCUUGCACGCACCACAAGGCCCGUGGUCCUGUGGCGCGCUGCAGCCGAUGCAGUUUUAUAAAGUAUUAUGCUCAAAGUGUAAUAUAUCAUGUAAUCGUAUGAAUGUGAUGAUGAAUAUAUUAUAUACUGCAAUUACUAUUGUUAGUAAUGAAUUUAGCAACACCACAAGUAUGGCAUACGUACUCAAUGAUUUUCAGAACAUAAUAGUAUCGGCUCCAAUGUAUCAUUUUCUUUGUAAUAUUGUUUCGUUAUAGAAAACGGACAAGAGGGAACUAAUGAAAAUUAAAUAACUACGUUUUCCUCACGGAGUGAGGGUUGAUGAAUGGGUGUCCCAGGUGACACCAGCGGGCAGGGGCGAGGCCAGGCAGUGGUGACCCCUGCAUUGUCCAGUGUGUGGGUGGAGGGUGGGGCGGGCAGGUGGUCGUCCACCUGCGCACCAGCCAAUCAUGAAGGCUGAGGCCUUGUAAAAAUAUCGCUGCUUGGCACGGUAGCAGCGCAGGGGGCGGGGAGGGGCGGGCAGGGCGGGGCGCCGGUGCCAGGGCACCAAGGUCAUGCCAGUGUGUCCUGGGCGCCUUGCCGUACCCACUUGUCCUCCGCCUCGGUGACUCGCCAGCUCUGCGCAGGGCUUGUCGCUUAGUGUUGUGCGUGUGAUCCUCGGCGUGGUGCAGUGACCACCGCGAGUCGUGCAGUGUCCGCCGCCUGGUGCCUUGUAGUGACGUGUGUCGCGCGACGUGUGGCCUGGCGUGAGUCCCGGGCCCCGCGGCGGGCGGGAUGGCGGGGUGUGGGCGAAGGGUGCAGGGCAGGCGGUGCAGCAGGUAAUGCAUCGGAUCCCCACCGUAGUGAGGCCGGUCGGCCCGGCACAGAAUCACGCCCAGCUGUUUGACCAGCUAGCCGUGAUCCAGGACCCCAUCCUGCCCCGCUCCUGUCCCGGGGCAGCCACUAGUGCGUCUGGUGCACCAACGGGCCCUCCUGCUCAGUCCCAUUCAUGGUCCAGCGGGGACACCCACAUGCCUCCCACGCUGGACCAGAACACUCGCCGUCAGCUAGAUGAGUUUGACGAAGUGAUCAGUCGCAUGAAGACUAUGACAGGCCCCUCCCCCACGGGGCCUCACGCACCCCACCACUACCACCACAACCAUGACUUCAACUACCACAACCAUAACCACCUCCAAAACCAGCCCCCACCACCACCUGCACCACCACCACCACAGCACCAACACUUCCACCCGCACCACUACCUCGAUACACACCAUCUCGAUGAACGCAACCACCUCCACCACCACCAACAACAACAACAGUACCAGCAGCAGCAGCAGCAGCAGCAGCAGCAGCAGCAGCAGCAGCAGCAGCAGCACAACAACAACAACAACAACAACAACAACAACAACAACAACAGAAACAGCUACAACACCAGCUACAGCAGCAUCAUCACC